AUGGCGCCUUACCAACCCGAAGUCACUCCGGUGCUCGAAACGUCGCCGCUCAUCACCGCGCGCCGCCAGUUCUUUGCCUACAUGAGGACGCCGCGUUUCUACCUCGUUCUGUUUAUCGGUCAGAUACUCUCUCUAUGCAUCACGGGCACGAACACCUUCUCCGGCCUUCUGGCCAGCCGCGGUACUUCGAUCCCGGCCUUCCAAUCGCUCUUCAACUACGUCCUCCUCAACAUCGUCUACACGUCGUACACUCUAUAUAAGUAUGGGUUUAGAGGGUACCUCAAGAUGCUGAAGGAGCGCGGGUGGAAAUACCUGAUCCUCGCCUUCCUCGAUGUCGAAGGUAAUUACUUCGUCGUUCUGGCCUACCGCUACACCACCGUCAUCUCGGCGCAAUUGAUCAACUUCUGGGCCAUCGUCGUCGUGGUCAUCAUCUCCUUUGCUUUCCUGCGCGUGCGAUACCACUGGACGCAGGUGGUCGGUAUCCUGAUCUGCUGCGGUGGCAUGGGACUGCUACUGGGACGUGAUGCACACAACGGCAUGACGGUCGGCGGAAUCCCCACGGAGCUCAAGGGCGACCUCUUCAUGCUGCUCGGCGCAAGUUUCUACGGCUUGACAAACGUAGCCGAAGAGUUCCUGGUCUCGCAAUCGCCGCUCUACGAGGUCGUCGGCCAGAUCGGAUUCUGGGGCAUGCUCAUCUCUGGCGCGCAAGCGGCAAUUUUCGACCGCUCCCAGUUCCAAAGCGCGACUUGGACAAGCGAGGUCGGUUGGUAUCUGACCGGCUUCACCCUGAUCAUGUUUAUCUUUUACUCGACGGUGCCGAUCCUGCUGCGACUGGCGUCCGCCGCCUUCUUCAAUAUCAGCUUGCUCACGAGCAACUUCUACGGUGUCGCCAUCGGCAUCAGGGUCUUUGGUUACGUGCUGGACAAGUAUUAUCCGCUUGCGUUCGUCAUGAUUAUUGUGGGUCUGGUUAUUUAUUUCAUGUUCAUUUCUGUGUACGGCGAGGCCAAGAAGCCGUGGCUGGGCGAUGAUCAGGCGGCCGGUGUGGUGGGCGUGGGAACGGCGAAGAAGAUGGCGCUGAAAGAGCCGGCGGCGGUGGGGCCCCAGGGUGAUCGAGUCGUGUAG